AUGUCUCGAGUUGUCUGGCCCCUUCUACUGAUCGCUCUUUCGUUAGGAGUCAUCCAUGGGGAGAACUACACAAAUCGUAUCAUUGGUGGCUCCUCAGUGGACAUCAAGGAGGCUCCUUACCAAGCGAACAUUAUUGUGAAUGGAAAUCCUUGCUGCAGUGGUGCCAUCAUUGGUAACAAGAGUAUCCUCACAGCAGCUGGAUGUGUUUAUGGAUGUUCCACCAGUUCGGUAAGGGUUCGAGUAGGCUCCAGCUCUAGAGAAGGCGGUGGAACUCUGGCCAGGGUCUGCGGCAUAAAUAGUCAUCCGCAAUACUCUUCCGAUCGCUAUGACAACAACCUGGCCAUUUUGGAACUUUGUGACCGCCUGAAUUUCACGGACUCCGUUAAAUCAAUCAACGUGACGGAUAAGGUGCCGGAUGAUUUAUCCCUAGCCGAGGUCACCGGUUGGGGUUCCACCAGUUGGUGGGGCAGCUGGUGGGACAGGAUCUUUGGCAGUCUGCCAGAUCAACUGCAAGUUGCCACAGUGAGCUUCUACAAUCGGGAACAGUGCGCCUAUGACCUAUCUGGUUGGUUCUGGGUCACGGACUAUGGUGUCUCGGAACUGACCAUUUGCACUUAUAGUUACAAUAAGGCAGCCUGCUCCUACGACAUAGGAGCUCCGCUCGUUAAGAACAAAAAACUCGUGGGUAUUCUCUCCUAUGGCGGCUGCACCACAUAUCCCGAUGUUUACGCCAAUUUAAUCAGAUUCAUGAGCUGGCUGAACGAGGUGACAGCAGCCAGUGAAAAAACUACUAUAAAAGCACCAAGUAAUACUACAAGUACUCCAACAACUACUAGGCCUGCAGGCUCUAAUGCUACUACGCCUGCUGGUUCCACAGACCGCAACUCUACUUCGUCGUCAAGUCAUACGAAACUGCCCACAACUACUACAUCUAAAGGUUCUACAACCCACAGAACUACUACGACUGAAGGUUCUACUACCCACAAGACUACCACGUCUACAGAAACUACAAAGCGCGAGACAGCACCUACAACUACGUCUAAAAACUCAGAGAAUAUGGAUGGAGAAGAAGAUCUGAAGAAAGAUCUGCAUUUUAGUCGUUAG